GUAAUGGUGCUAAGCUCGUAAUUUCCGGACAAUUAUAUAAGUAGACAAGACGAAAUGUUACAAUAAUGAUCUAAUUACAAUUUAUUUUUUCUUUUGAAGUACCGAAAAUCGAAACGAGGGUUAUAAAUGGAAACUGAAAAUUUGUCGUAUUCUCAUCAUCCACCGUACAAAGUGGGGGUUCCUCCGAAGCAGAAGCUAUGGAAGGAAUUCUCGACAACUUUAAAAGAGACAUUCUUUUCCGACGACCCUCUUCGCACGUUUAAGGAUCAAAGCGGGUCCCGCAAGUUCAUUUUAGGUGUACAAGCCGUUUUCCCGAUUCUUGAAUGGGGUAGAAGCUACAAUCUUGCUAAAUUCAAAGGCGAUUUAAUUGCGGGGCUUACUAUUGCCAGUCUCUGCAUUCCUCAGGAUAUUGGCUACGCGAAGCUUGCAAAUUUAGCUCCUCAGUAUGGCUUAUAUUCAAGCUUCGUCCCGCCUUUGGUUUACGCGUUUAUGGGAAGCUCGAGAGAUAUAGCUAUCGGACCGGUUGCGGUUGUGUCACUAUUGUUAGGGACUCUUUUGCAAAAUGAAAUAGAUCCCGUGAAAAAUCCUUUUGAAUAUCGUAGGCUUGCUUUUACGGCUACUUUCUUCGCCGGUAUAACGCAAGCUACUCUUGGCAUUCUUAGAUUGGGAUUCUUGAUCGACUUUCUAUCGCACGCUGCUAUAGUUGGAUUUAUGGCUGGUGCUGCUAUAACAAUUGCACUCCAACAGCUCAAGGGCUUUUUGGGCAUUAAAAAAUUUACGAAGAACACUGAUAUUAUUUCGGUUAUGCAAUCUGUCUUCGGUUCGGCACAUCAUGGCUGGAACGUGCCGACGAUUCUCAUCGGAGCAACUUUUCUGGUGUUUCUCCUAUUAGCAAAGUACAUUGGAAAGAAGAAGAAGAAGUUAUUCUGGAUAGCUGCAAUCGCUCCUCUAAUCUCCGUCAUUCUAUCGACUUUCUUCGUCUACAUUACCCAUGCAGACAAAAAAGGAGUACAAAUUGUAAAGCAUAUAGAAAAAGGAAUUAAUCGUCCAUCGGUAGACGAAAUUUAUUUUACGGGAGAUUAUCUCUUGAAAGGUGUUAAAAUAGGCAUAGUGGCCGGCAUGGUUGCCCUCACGGAAGCUGUUGCGAUCGGAAGAACUUUUGCUGCGAUGAAAGACUAUCAAAUAGAUGGAAACAAAGAAAUGAUUGCUCUUGGUGCAAUGAAUAUUGCUGGUUCAAUGACAUCUUGCUAUGUGGCUACAGGUUCAUUUUCGAGAUCGGCUGUAAAUUUCAUGGCCGGAUGCCAAACGGCAGUUUCUAACAUAGUGAUGUCGAUUGUUAUACUUUUGACGUUACUAUUCAUCACACCACUUUUCGAGUACACGCCAAACGCAAUCCUAUCUUCAAUCAUCAUCUCUGCAGUACUUGGCUUAAUUGACUACGAAGCCGCAAUUCUUAUUUGGAAGAUCGAUAAAUUCGAUUUCAUCGCUUGCAUGGGAGCCUUUUUCGGCGUCGUUUUUAUCUCCGUCGAAAUGGGACUCUUGAUUGCAGUAUCGAUAUCUUUCGCUAAGUUACUCUUACAAGUAACAAGACCAAGAACGGCACUUCUUGGAAAAAUCCCGGGAUCGAAUGUUUAUCGGAAUAUUCAACAGUAUCCGGAGGCAACUAAAGUCCCCGGAGUUUUGAUUAUAAGGGUCGAUUCCGCAAUAUACUUCUCGAAUUCGAAUUAUAUUAGGGAGAGGUUAUUGAGGUGGCUGACGGAUGAAGACGAGCAGCUGAAAGCCGACGGACUUCCUCAAAUUCAAUUUUUGAUUGUAGAAAUGUCUCCCGUUACGGACAUCGACACGAGUGGUAUCCAUGCACUGGAAGAACUGGAAAAAGGUCUUCAGAAGAGAUCUGUUCAGCUUGUUCUUGCAAAUCCCGGGCCAGUAGUUAUGGACAAGUUGCAUGCAUCGAAGCUUACGAAUGUAAUAGGCGAAGAUAAGAUUUUUCUGACCGUAGCGGACGCUGUCCAAACAUUUUCGCCUAAAUUUGCUGAGGAGGUUUGAAGCCUAAGUUGUUUCGGUACUGAAAUCGAGGAAUCUUCUCGAGAUUCUUCGAUGUGUAAAUAAUG